AUGUCUGUCUCGUGUGAUGCGGCGACUCGAGGAUAUCCCGAGACAUUCACUGAGGAGUUUGUCCGUUAUUGUCACUCUCAUCAUCUUCCCCCGCAGCUCUUUUACGAGCUUGGCGAGGUGCUAGCAACGAUCCCGAGGUAUAUCCGUUUACGGCCACAAUAUGUGAAGGACCUUGUGAUUCCUGCAGAGGAUAAUAUUCUCGCUUUUGAGAAUGCAACAAGUCAGGAGAGGUACCGAAUCAGGGCUGGGAUUGCGGCUUCAUUUGGUAUCUCAUCUGCCAGUGUAGAGGAGGUGGAGUGGCUCCCACACCCGUAUUGCUACGCCAUUCCCCGAGGCGUGGCGAUGUGCCGCGCGGCCAUGUACGAAAGUGGCAUUGUCUCCGCAAUGGAUGCAGCUUCCGUGGCGGCGGUGGUGGCGCUGCGUCCGUCUUACGGGGAUCUAGUGUGGGAUGUCUGCUGCUCUCCCGGGAUGAAGCUGAGCUUCAUCGCGGACGCCAUUGGCGAAACAGGCGUGGCAGUUGGGACGGACAUUAGCUUGGCUCGCUUGUUUACUGCACGGUCAGUGCUCAAAAAGCAUCAGACAAAUAAUGUUUGCCUGUUUGCCGCCGAUGGAACUUUGUUCUCUCUGCAGGGGGCUGCUGCAGUUCUUGAUGAGAAGCCAUCUUCUCAGACGCGCGGAAGGAACGGCUUAACGUUGUGGGAAGAACGGCAACUGCGGCGCUUUCAAAAGCGACGAGUUGAUGCCAGUGUAGGCGACGCGACGGCGUCCAGUGGUGUGAAGGAAGUAAAAGAAAUAAGGGUGGCCUUCUCCACAGAUCCGGCUAGGGAGAUGCUCUGCCGUGUUAAGAACAGGAUGAACGAGCAUCAGGGAUUUGAUCGAGUUCUUGUUGACGUAGAGUGCUCGCAUGAUGGAUCCUUAGCACAUAUUUUUCUCAAUGACGCCACAAGGAGACCUUUUGCCACAGCUAAAGAUACGCUGGCACCGGCUUCUGCAGGGAUUGAUAACGCACACCGCAUGUGGCGGUUAAACUUGGCUCUUCAGAUGGAUGAAACAGAUGCGAAGUUUCGAGAAGAGCUCUCAACACUUCUUCAGCUUCAACUGGGCUUACUUCAAAAUGGUUAUGCGCAGCUAAAACCGGGUGGAACGCUUGUGUACUGCACCUGCUCGUUUACGUAUCAGCAAAAUGAAUUUAUUGUACGGGAAACAGUUUCUCGUGUAAACGCAAGCAAUGAGGUGAAGCAACAGUACAAGGGUGAGGCUGUGAUAUGCCACCCCUUUGCGUACACGCACGAAACCGUAAGUCCAGAGGUGAUAUCGCCCAUCGUGCGCCUAACGGACGCGCAGGCAACAUCGCUGCAGCAACGAUUAAAAAUGGAUACGGAUCCGUAUGGAAUUCUUCGUGCGGGAGGGGAGGAAAUUAACAAUGCAGGAGGGCAUAGCUUCACGGGUGUACGCUUCUGGCCACACACCUUCGCUACCAGUUUCCAGUUCGUUUCCAAGAUAUGGAAACGGCCACUGUCCUCCUUGAGCGUUGAGUAA